AUGCAAAAAUUCCAGCAAGCGGAUCUCUUCCGCAGGCGCGAACUCCACUAUCUCUAUGUUAAGAUGACGGCAGACAUGAAUGUUGAGCAUUACGAUGCCUUGACGUACGAUUUCAGUACACUGAAGCGGCGGCUGUUUCACCAUGCCAGUGAACCUUGGGAGGCAUGCGCACAAUCAGAAGCAUAUGAACAACUGCAGGCUUGCCAGGAUACGAUUGGAGUUGGAUAUGAGGGUUGGGUGCCUAUCGAGCAAUACAAUAAGGCAAAAGCGUACGAGAGAAAUUUGAAAGCGGACACGCUCGGUGCAGCUAAAACAGAGGGGGAGAGAAUAAGAAUUCAAGAGAAUUGGAUUUUUGAUGACUUUUGCGAGGAAGACUACGUGUAA